AUGUCGGUGAGCGCACGAAAAGGUGCUUUAAAUAGGACAGUGCAAAGUGAUGACAGUUCCCUAGGAGAUGAAGAAGAACCGCUUCUGCAGAGAAAUGAGAUAUAUAAAACGUAUAAACGUCGAUGGUACGUUCUGUUCCUCUAUAGUUUAACUGCAUUUUUGCAAUCUGCAGUAUGGAACACAUGGGGACCUAUUACUCAGUCUGCGGAGGUAGUGUUUGGAUGGAAAGACAGUCAGAUUGGAUUGCUAGCUAACUGGGGAAAUAUUGCAUUCUUGAUCACCGUUUUCCCAACUUGCUAUCUAAUGGACACUAAAGGGUUACGAGUAUCCCUUUUGGUCUGCACUGUUUUAUUGCUGAUUGCUACUGGACUCAGAUGCAUAACACACGAACCUCAGUACGCUACCUGGUUGAUAAAUUUCAGUGCAAUCUUAAAUGGAGUUUGUGGAACAGUGCCACGUGCUGCGCCUGCGCAGGUUGCCAACACGUGGUUUCCUCCAAAUCAGAGGACAAGUGCUACAGCUGUAGUUUCAGUAUUUUGCUACUUGGGUGUAGCUAUGGCAUUUGUUAUAGGCCCACAGCUGGUGACAUCACCAGAGUAUAAAAAUGAAACUCAAAACCGAAAUUUUACAUAUACAUUUAAAAGAUUAACUACAGAUCUAGAUUUAGCAACACUGGACACCUCAAGAAACAAUUUGAAUUCAUCUCAAGUGGUUAAUUUUAUUCAUAUACGCAAAGACAUUAUGUAUCUUAUGUAUUACGAAUUUGCUGCCAUUGUACUGUUAUUUCUGUGCAGUAUUUUUAUGCCAUCAAAACCUCCAACUCCUCCAAGUCUUUCAGCCUCGACAGAACGAGUAGUCUACAGGAGGGCAUUACUGAACAUUGCUCGAAAUAAGGCGGUAUGGUUAAUUGGGCUGGCCUACGCUCUGCCAUCAGGUGUAUACGGGGCCUGGGAAGCAGUUAUAGACAUUAUACUGAAACCCAUAGGAAUAGGACAGACUGAGAUUGGCUGGAUCGGAUUUUACUCCAUAAUGGCAGGCUGUGUCACAGGUCUAGCAACUGGAAGAUUUUCAGAUGUGUUUAUGCGGCAUAUGAGACUCUUCGUUUUGGUAAUGUUUGGUGUGGCGGGAGGAUCUUUUGUGUGGUUCACGCUCAGUUGCGUCAAGGUCAUUCCAAUCUCUACAAUACAGGUUUACCUGUCUAGUAUCUUGGGAGGUAUGUUCCUUUGUGGAACUCUGCCCCUGUUUUAUGAAUUGGGGGCGGAGUCAGCCUUCCCCGUGUCAGAAGGAGUGACAGGAGGGUUUCUGACAUGGCUGAACAAUAUAGUCGGAAUCCUUUUCUUACUUUUGCCACAGAUACCUGAUAUAGGCACAGAUUGGAUGAACUGGACUUUGGUGGGCAGUGUUGCUCUAGGACUGGCCUUCCUAUUUGUCUCACCACAGCGAUACACUAGGACUGAUAUAGAUAUAUCUGUAAACAAAACAGAGACUGCUCAUUCACAAACCAAAGUAAUAGCCAGAGAGAAUGUAUAUGAUAAUGCAUCAUGAUAAGCAAUAUUGAUAUUUGAACUGGUAUUGUAAAUAGGAUUCUAAGCACUUAUGAAUUACUUUUAUUACCACUUUAGUAAAACCGACCAAUAUCUAGGCCUUGUCCAGAACAGUGAUAUAGUCUACUAUGAUCACUUUUGUUAUGAAAUAUCAAAGCAUAACUCGCUAUGAUUCACGGAAGAUACUCAUUCAUUUGAGGUCAAAGGCCUGCUAAUUUUCCAGAAUGGAUAGUGAAGUUUUUUUUUUUUUUAUAAAUAGUUUUACACGUUUUUAAUGCAAUACCAUAUCUUAAUCCACCAGUUAUUUAACAAAGAAAGGUUUAAAUGUAGUUAAAGGUGCAUAGACACAGUUUUGAAGUUAAUAUUUACUCAAAUUUUCUGCAUAAUUUCAUGACUUAUAUAUUGCUAUAGCAUUUCAUACGAAAAUUUGAUAAAAAUCUUAUUUUAUCUGGAAGUUAUUGAAACUUCGAAUUUCUGGACGGUUUGAUGGACGCAUCCUUGCAUUUUCACAAAUUUUAACUUUAUCCUUAUUACUUUAGAAAAGUAGCAAUUUUGUUGUUUGUUAAUGAAAAAUAUUAAAACUAUAAUGCAGAAAUUUCGAUUCAGAGUAGAAAUGUAGAAAGCAAAAUCCUCUCACAAGUAUUGUCAGUCCGUGCUCAAUGGUGUGUGCAGAGUUUAACAAUUGAACACACCCGGUGAAACGUAAACAUUAACAUAAACAG